UCUUCUCCGUCUGUCUCCAGCUCCUUCAGCGGCUCCGACCCUCAUUAGCCAUUUCGGUCACGCAGCCCGGUUGUAAAUCCGCCGCCAGAACCGCGGUGCCCCUCACUCCCGACCUGCAGCCCCCUGCCCCCCCAGCUCUCCCCCCCCAGCCCUGACGGUGCCCCUCACUCCCGACCCGCAGCCCCCUGCUCUGUUGGAUUCUCUGCUGAGACCUGGAAGCUCAUCACAGCGGACGCUGGUUUCUCUGUGGUUCUCCCAAGUCCCCGCUCCCUUUUUCUCACCCACUCCCCCACCCGGCCGCCUGCUCAGGGUACAUUUCCUGACAACCCAGGGCUGGGAGGGGGAGGGGCUCCAGGGUGUCUCUCUCCAUAGCUGACCCCCGUCUCCCCCCAGGUGCCCUCCCCAAUGGAGUAGCUGGACGGGGGCCCAUGGGCAGCGCCCCACACAGGAGGUGGCGUCAGCGGGCAACAUGCCCAGCGUCCUGGGGCUCCUGCUGGCCUGGCUGGGGGGUUGCGGCUGCACCGGACGCCUGGGUCCCCCCUGGCCGGGCUCCCGGGGGGCCCCACCCCAGGGCUGGGAACGCCCCCUGCUGAGAUCCCGACGCAGCUGGGUCUGGAACCAAUUCUUCGUCAUCGAGGAGUAUGCCGGCCCUGAGCCUGUCCUCAUCGGCAGGCUGCACUCGGACGUGGACCGGGGCGAGGGGCGGGUCAAGUACGUGCUGACGGGCGAGGGGGCCGGGACGGUGUUUGUGAUCGACGAGCGGACGGGGAAUGUGCACGUGACCAAGACGUUGGACCGGGAGGAGAAGGCCCAAUACACGCUGCUGGCCCAGGCUGUGGACCGGGCAUCGAACCGGCCCCUGGAGCCGCCCUCUGAGUUCAUCAUCAAAGUGCAGGACAUCAACGACAACCCACCCGUCUUCCCGCACGGCCCCUACCAUGCCACUGUGCCCGAGAUGAGCAACGUGGGCACAUCCGUGAUCCAGGUGACGGCCCAUGACGCUGACGACCCGAGCUACGGGAACAGUGCCAAGCUGGUGUACAUGGUGCUGGAGGGGCUGCCCUUCUUCUCCGUCGACCCCCAGAGCG